GGGUGCGUUCAUCAUUUGCUAUGUUGCGAGGCGGUUUGUACUGAACAACACGUUUCCCCAAAACGGUGCACACUCUUCAACAACUUUUGKGAUACAGGGCGGAACUGCAGUAAAUGAAGAAAGUUGCUCAGCGAAACGCCAUAUUUGAUUUCAGCUACAAUGGAUGCUUUACCAGCAUGGCCCAAGGGGAAGAAGCUGGUUCACCUGGAUCUGAAAGGAGCACCUCCUAGAAUUGAUUACCUGCACAAGCUGAUUGGUCUUUUUUCUGGUCUGGGUGCUGACGGUCUAUUGGUGGAGUAUGAAGACAUGUUCCCCUAUGAAGGCGAGCUGAAGGUGCUGCAAUCCACUCAGCAUUCACCAUACAGUCGUGAGGAGGUCCUGUCCAUUCAGGAAGUGGCCAAGUCCCAAGGGUUAGAGGUCAUUCCUCUGGUGCAGACGUUUGGACACAUGGAGUUUGUGUUGAAGCACAAGUCGUUGUGGGGGCUGAGGGAGGUGGGCCACUGCCUGGGCACUCUGAACCCCCACAGAGAGGAGGGUGUGAGGCUGGUAAAGGAGAUGCUUCGCCAGGUGGUGGAGCUCCACCCAGGCAGCACCAGCCUGCACAUUGGAGCUGACGAGGUGUACCUGUUAGGUGAGGGAGAGGAGUCUAGACGCUGGCUGAGCACACCUGGCCGUACAGUACAGCAGCUGUUCCUCAGUCAUGUGACCAGGGUAGCAAAGGGCGUCAGGGAGGCAUGGCCAAACCUCAACAUGAUCAUGUGGGACGACAUGUUGAGAGGGAUGGACCACGACACACUGAAAGGCAGCGGUUUGGUAGGAUUGGUCCAGUUGAUGCUGUGGGACUACAACCCCACCCUAGAUGUGAAAAACACUGUAUCUCUAUUGGAGAGGUACAGUGGUGCAGGGCUGUCAGAACUGUGGGCAGCCAGUGCCUUCAAAGGCUCUACUAAUGUCCACACCUGUGUGACCAACACACAGAGACAUGUGGACAACCAUCUACAGUGGCUACAGGUGGCAGCAGCCCUGCCUGAAGGCAUACACAUGCUGGGCAUCGCCCUCACUGGCUGGCAGAGGUAUGACCACCUGUCUGUGCUGUGUGAGUUGCUGCCCCUAGCUCUGCCCUCCCUGGCCUCCAGUCUACAGACACUCACGCAUGGCCAGUUCAGCCCGGAGGCUCAGAGCAGGGUGACAAAGACUUUGGGCAUCUCUUCUGUAGAUGUAGAAACCAUGGAAAGCUCCACUACAGGUGACUCUGUGCUGUUUCCAGGGAGGAGGUUGGCAGAGCUGGUGGUGGAACUAACAGCAAUACUGCAGUCAGAAGAACUCCGCCAUUUUGAAGACAACAUGUUUGUGAGAGGCUGGUUCACUCCUUACCACAGACAGAGAAAGACAGUCAGCCCUCUUAUUGCUCAGCAGUUACAGAGUCAAGCCAUGACAUUGUUAGCUCUUGUGGAGCAGAGAGUGGUGAUGGUGAAAAAGGAGAUGGUGCGUCUGUACCCAGCCUCCACAGCUCAGGAGUGGGUAGAGCAGCAUGUCAGCCCUGUGGUGGCUCCCCUCCAGAGGGUCCUGGAGGACACCAACGCCAGCCUACUAGAGAUGGUACCCCAGAACGUCUCAGCUUCUAUGGUUGGGCAGUAAGGUUUAACCUGGGUCCCUUUGUUUUUUUUGACAGAGAAAGAGAUCUAUCCGUGCAGACUUCAUACGGUGAGGUCCAAGAGGUAGUGAGAAAAGGAUUCCAUGAUUAUCAAAAAGCAACUUUUAUUUAAUUCCCUUUUUUAACAAAAAAAGCAAAAAUAAAAGUAAUACAAAACAUUUUUUAAAGACAAGGCAAACAAGUACCUGCAGUCAUCCAGCAGCACACACUAACUGGACACAAAAUAUCUCAUGSAUUCUUUCUUUCAAGCAACAGAAGGCAUCUAUACUCACCUUCCUCUUGCCAACAGAUGCAGUAACUUAGUUAAUACAGUCCAGAUACAAUGUAAUACAGUUUACUUGUCAAACAUAAAUGUGUUAAUAACAAUAUGUGUCUACGGACAGGAAUGUUACCUGAGACUGGUCUUUCAUUUUGUGUGUAUAAGGCCAGAUGGAAUAUGUAGUUUACCCUAUGAAUAAUAAAUCAAAUCAAAUGUA